AUGUGGAUUUCUCUUGUAGCUGCGGCAAAAAUAUCUGUGAAAAGUGCCUCAGAAAGCAUAAAAACAUCCCAACCAUUUGCUUUUUCGUACCAAGAGACAAAGGCUUCACCCAAAUUAGUAUGCGAUAAACAUAUUGGAAAUAUCUGCGAAUUAUUCUGUAAAACUUGCUGUGCACUGAUCUGUUAUGUUUGCUCCUUUACCAAACAUAAAGGAUAUUCUUUCUCAUCCAUGGAAGAUCGCUUUUUGUCUCAGAAAAACAUGAUUGAAGAGAAACUUCUGAAACUCGAAAUGGAAUUCAAAAGUACUUACAUGAAACUUGCAAGUGACAAUGAACAAAAAUUAUCUACAGUUCCUGAAAUAUAUGCAGCCAUAAGAAAAGAUGUAGAGCUGGCUGGAACAAUCUUACAGAAUAAAGUCGAGGUAACAGUCAAGAAACUAAAAAUGCAAAUCGAAUCUAUAGAAAUGGAACAUCUGGACUAUUUAAGAGACAACAAAUCGAAUCUAGAGAAAGCCAUUGCUGAUAUCGAAGAAUGCAAAUCUCAACUUUUUUUGUAA